AUGGCCGGUCCCGUAGAGAGGUGCCAGGUACCUCCGAAACCAGGUUGCAUCUGCUGUGAAGAUAUCGUUAGAAAGUGGUACAGUGAGAAAAAAAACUACGAUUUCCAAAAAGGUGCUCCAAUCUCUGUUGGACAAUCAACCAGUCACUUUAAUCAGGUGGUCCUUUUUUGAUGAUAAUCAUUCUUCCCCUUAAACAACUGACGUAAGAAUAAUCGAUACAUACAGUUGUACUUACAUUUUCUUCUUUCCCGAUACUUCAAUGUGCAUGGCAGCUAAAAAAAGAAAAACGUAUCUUCAAUCAGCAGCAGAUUUUGUGGGAGUUUAGUUUAACAGGUAUAUUUUUCGGAACCAUGACAACCCCUCCACCUACCCCCGAUCAAUAUUGCCUUGUUGUUCUUGUUGUUGUUGUUGUUGUUGUUGUUUUGGCCACAGAUCGCUCCAUUUGAGGUAAAAUAUUGUUAUUUUAUUGCAAAUGAAUUACAUUUAACGUUUGCUUAAUCUACAGCGAUAUAUCUCUAAAUAUGACAUGACUGGAAAUAUGGAUUAAUGUUAUAUAAGAGUUUUACUACCUUACCUGCGGUAUAAUGCCGUCCUUUUGUUUCAAAAGAGGUAUUUUGAGCGAUUUGGCAGAAUUUUGGGUUCACCGCAAACGGUAAAUCCAAUACAUAAACUAUAAAAUAGCAAUCGGUUACACAAACGGAUUAUAUGGUUGCCCUGUGGUGAUUGAACUAAUUUUGUCGCCAAUUGUGUGCAUUUCUAUAAACAAAAAAGGUUGUGUGGAAGUCCACAAAGGAGCUUGGAGUGGGUAGUGCACGCAGCGAGAAACAUGGGCUUAUUGUUGUGGCAAGAUACAAUCCAAUGGGAAGUACUGGAGGACCGGCAUCUUUUAUGGAUAACGUCCCUCCACCUAGUAAGUUAUACAGCAGGAUGUGUUUAAUAAACUGUCGGGAAAAUAAAUGGGAAGAAACAAAUACAGAAAGACAUAUGGUUCUCUUAACUUCCAUUAGUGUGUUGUAAACAUGCACUUUCUGAUCUGUUGCAGCUUGUUGAAGUAAUAAGUUGACAAGGACUUUUUAAUCCCGCAAUUAACCGAUAUUGAUACAAUUAUAACUCAAUCAUAGCUAUCCCAUUAGUUUUAAUACUUCCCUGUCGAAAACUUUGUUACGGGUAUACAUGCGAUGUCAAAAUAGUGCUGCGAUCUUGUGCUGGAAAUAAGAAAACAUCUUAUCGAUACAAAACGAUAGCUGGUCACUUGACCGAUACCAUAUUGAUGUUUCACUUUAUUUUAUUCAAGUUGCUUGCUUAAAUAUAAUUAAAAGAAUGCAUCAUUUCUUUUGACAGCUGGAAACCAAUCGGAAACAACGGUAAUAAAGAUUACCAAAGUUGUGCAGAGUAAGUAUAUUUUUAGGUAUAGAGUGAAUAAAAUGAAUAAGAAGGAUGGCACUCAUCUAUCAAAUAAAAGUUACAUCCACUUAAAAAACGACUUUAUCUAGCGGUUCGCAUAAAUUUAACGCGUGUAAAUUUCGUUGCUCUGCAAGGACUUUCGGCAACUGCACACGAAACAUUCAUCGGUGGUCGUCAGGGUCGUGACAGCAUAUUAUUGAACACUCGAUCUUGUAGAGUUGAGUUUUUACAAGCACAAAAACGCAACUGCAAAUUUUCGAAAUCUUAAAGCCUUCUACAAGAAAGGAUUAAUAUUUUACUGCAUUUGAGAGAAAAUGUCAGAGGAAAACUUUAAAACUGCACAGAAGGAAAUUUCCAAUGCGUAUUAAUAUUUUAUUUUCUACCCGACAAAAAAAUUCUGUUUCGUAAAUUUUUUUAGAAAUUAAUGUGCACUUUCCAUUUUUAAUGCAAAAAGCUAUGGUCCAAACACAAAGUGGUAUCACCGGCUCUUUUAGGGAAAUCAGUGCCGGAAGCUGGGUUUUAGAUCUAAAACUUGUGAGACGUUGCCAUGGUAACCACUAGAGAGUAGUCACUGCUUUAGUCCAGCUUUACAAAAGUACUCCUAUGGCUUUGGCUUGAUUUUCGCUCCGUGCAUUCCAAGUUAAAAGCGCCGUGAAAAAGUCAAAAAUUGGCACGAGCCACCUCAAAAUGAUAAUAAAAAAAUUUAAGUAACCGUUGCAGAUUUCAAAGGUUUUUCAAAAGCUGGUUAUAGGAAAAUCUAUAUUAUACUUUUUCCAACUAACCAAAAACAUGAUUUUGCUCUUAUUCCACAGAAUUCCCCGCAGGUGCUCAACCGCCUGAAGGUCCGUUUGUGUAAUUGCCUACAGGCAAAAUAAAAAGGCGAACCGUCUUAUUAGAGACAACAACUGAAGUAACGCAACAUAACAUACCAUAACAUAGCCUUUUUAAAGUGUCUAAGCGUUCUAGCGCCUCUUGGCACCAAAUAAAUUGUGGACACAUUUAAAACUAAUUAAGAUAAACUAUUAUAAAACGUAGUAUAUAAAAGCCGAAAAUCUACACCAUUCAAACUAGUACACUUUAAUACUUUAAAACUAAAUGCAUACGUGAGUGUGAUGAUAUUAAGUAGCAAAUUUUCGCACGCCAAUGGUUCGAGAGCUAUGAUAUUUAAGACGGUUUCACUUUCUGCAUAAAGGUAACUGGAUCUUUAUAUGAUCUUUUUUUCAAAAUGAUUUGCAAAAUUAGAAGAAGAAUAGACCUUUUUACCGAUACGGCGGCCAUAUUGAAUUAAUUCGAUUUAAGGAGUAUUAUGGGAUGCUCAGGGGGGCAUGAGCACAUUUUGUUUGUAUUUUCGAGCACUUUUCGGGACAUUUUUUCUUAAAGUUUUCUUAGAAUUAGAUUGUAAUGGGAAAAAAGAUCCUUGUGCCGUGUUUGGAUGUAAUAAUGAUCGCCUUUUUCUAGUUUAGUAUAUAUAACAAUUAUUCACCUCAGUGUCGGUGGCUAGUAUUGGAUAUUUACCUCGCCGCUUCGCGGCCUCGGUAAAUAUCCAAUACUAGCCACCGACACUGAGGUGAAUAAUUGUUUUAGUAUAUACUAAAACAGUGAGAUAAUUGAGCACAAAAUGAUGAUUUUUAACUCAUUUACUGUUGCCAACGAUUACAAUUUUGGCGCGCGAUGACCGAACGACUGCGGUCGUCGCUUUUUCUUAGCGACAAUAAAACUUUUGAAGGCGUUUGUUUAGCUCUUGCGGGGAAGUUUCUUCAAAAGGAGUUGUGGAUUCUGUUUGUAUUUAAAAUAAUUCUGUAAAAAAGAUUAUUAAAUUUAGUUUUAAGCUUAUUUAUGAAAAAGUCAACCAAAUAAAGUAACGUAAGACUUAAGCUUAAUUUGCAUUUGUAAACAAAAAACGUUUUCACCGGUUUUAUCGAGAACUAUUCAAGUCAAAAAGACAAAGCUUUACCUGUUAAAACUUCCAAACCGAGCUUCGUCACCUUCUUCAUGUAUUUCGGAAAUAGCUUGCUUGAUUAGUUGUGAAAUUUCUUAGUUUGUUACGGCAGUAAACCGGGAAAGCAUUUUGCUCGCAACCUACGCGAGUUUGGCGUCGCUCGCUCGGAGGAACUGGAGGUGAAUCAGGGAAUAGUGCAGGAUAUUCACUGAUUGAGUAGCCAAUUAGAGCGCCCGAAAAACACUAUCCACUGUUUUAGUACAAACUAAAUAAUAAUACUCCUUAAAUUGAAUUAAUUUAAUAUGGCCGCCCUAUCAGUAAAAACGUCUUUUGAAAAUGAAACAGCAAGGGGGAGGAAAGUCACCCGCCAAAGAGUUAUUUUAGCGCAAAAUUUAUUUUCUGAAGAUCGACACAACAACAACAACUUUAUUUCUACUGUAAACAGACAACUAAAAGAAUUUACAAGAAAUAUAAUUAUUAAUAAAAGAUACACCUGAUUGCAAUAAGGUUGUCAUAGAAAAAAAGCAAAAAGCAAAAAACCAAGUAGGAAUUAAUUAGCAUGUAAUUAUCAUUGCUUGCAACAGUCACAGCACAAACGCUUACAGGUGAAUAUUAAUCACGUAAUAAUGAGAGAAAUCAUUUGCAUCAGUUUCUUGCUGUCAUUCUAAUGCAAUUCGAGGCUGAUUCAUCUAGCGGAUUUCAAACGUGCUCUAAUUACAAACGUAAAUUGGAUAACUACUAAAGAAAAAAUGGCUCCAUUUUUUUCAAUAGAGGGAAGUUAUCACCAGGCCAAACACUUCAUUCGGGAAAAUGACAUUGCCUUCCGUUGCUGUCUUCAGCCCCAUGCGUUUAUCUUGCAUGCUUUUGCACAAAUUUCACCAGAAAACUACGAAGGGUAUUUCAGAAACUCUGGCUAUGAGUGACAAUUCGACUGCCAGUAAUAAUUUUGAACCCUUUCGUUACACACAUCAGUGUUUCAUGUGCUGAAUUACAGAAUUAUCUCUUGUUAUUGUGAAUGAUUUCUUAAAUAAUUGUUAAAUUAUUAAAAUACGCAAAUGUAAAUCACAUGGCUAAUUAAUUCCUAUUUGGCUUUUUGCUUUUUGCUUUUUUCCUAUGACAAAGUUAUUGCAAAUGGGUGUACAUUCAGUAGUUGAACGCCAAAAUAACUAUAAAGCUAAACUAGCCUGGUGACCAUCCUAAUUAUAAUAAUGAAAAUGUGAAAAGUGCGGAAAGAGGCAGAACAAAUACAUUGAUAAAACACAAGCAUAUAUUGGCAAAAACCCAAAGUUUCUAUACUUGCCGUAUCUGUGCUGAUAGAUCGCAAAUGCGUCAGCAACACAAGAUGACCGUUUUGCAAUCGAAUACUUGAAGAGUUUUUAAUUUCCUUUAGGUCCAACACCUGUUCCUCCUACGCCUGCUCCUUCUCCCCCUGCUACUACCAAACCAUCUCGUGGGGCACAGGAGACGACAAUGACUUGUGGCAUCAGAAAACCAAGCCGCAUUGUUGGAGGUGAGGUCGCAUGGCCUGGUGCCUGGCCUUGGCAGGCCGGUUUCAAACGCAACGCCGAGGACACCAUUUUCUGCGGGGGAUCCCUGAUAAACAAGGAAUGGGUUGUUACUGCAUCUCACUGUGUUUAUGACAUGCUGAAGUAUAACAAAAACACAGUGCUGGUAGUUGCAUUAGGCGAAUUUGAUAAAGCUAACAAAGAAGAACAAGAAAUUUCCGUUAAGACAAAGAAAAUCAUCGUGCAUCCAAAUUAUAGUCCAACUACCUUUGAUUAUGACAUCGCACUGGUAAAACUGGAGGCGCCACUGGAAGAGUUUAGCGUUUAUAUUCGUCCCGUAUGCAUGCCUACAAACGAACAGAAGUUUGACGAAAAAUCUAAAUGCUACGUCACUGGAUUCGGAAGAACACAGCAGGGUGGAGAGCUUGCAGGAAUGCUGCGAAUGGCGAAAGUACCAUUGGUAAGUCAAGAAACAUGUAAGGAAGCUUAUGACGAGAAGUUGACAGACCGUAUGAUCUGUGCAGGCUUCCCCAAAGGAGGAAUUGACGCAUGCCAAGGAGACAGUGGUGGACCGCUGAGCUGUUUGUACGAAGGGCGCUGGUACCUGACCGGCGUUGUAAGCUGGGGAGUUGGGUGUGCACAGCCAAAUGCUUACGGGGUGUAUGCCAAAGUGCAGGAGUUAUACAGCUGGGUAGACAGCACUAUGAAGGAAAAUCAAUAG